AUGGCUUCCUCGGCGCCCUCCAAAGCCCCUACUCAAGCCUACGACCCUGAAAUCACCGACAUCGCCUCUUACGUGCACAACUACAAAAUCGAUUCGGACCUCGCACUCGAUACCUCCCGCUAUAUUCUCCUCGACACGAUCGGCUGUGGUUUGGAGGCUUUGCGUUUCCCUCAAUGCUCGGCUAUCCUCGGCCCUGUCGUCCCAGGAUCCACCAUUCCUCAUGGAACUCGAGUCCCAGGAACGCCGUUUGAGUUGGAUCCAGUGAAUGGUGCUUUCAAUAUUGGUGCUAUGAUCAGAUGGCUGGAUUACAAUGACUGCUGGCUGGCUGCAGAAUGGGGCCAUCCCUCUGACAAUCUUGGUGCUAUUCUUGCAGUUGCGGACUGGAUCGCUCGGACGAACAGAGCUGGCGGUAAGGUCGGCAAUGGCAAGAUCCCCACCGUCAGAGAUGUCUUGGAGGGCAUGAUCAAGGCCCAUGAAAUUCAAGGCUGCUUGGCGCUGGAGAACUCGUUCAACCGAGUCGGUUUGGACCAUGUUGUCCUUGUGAAAGUGGCCUCAGCUGCGGUGGUCAGUAAAAUGCUGGGUCUCGACGAGGGCCAGACUGCUGCUGUUGUCUCUCAGGCAUUUGUCGACGGACAGAGCCUGCGAACCUACCGACACUCACCCAACACCAUGUCCCGCAAGUCCUGGGCCGCCGGAGACGCGUGCCAGCGAGCUGUAAACCUCGCUUUCAAGGUCUUGCAAGGCCAAUCCGGCAUCCCCACGGUGCUCUCGGCUCCCGUCUGGGGUUUCUACGACGUUCUCUUCAACGGGAAGAAGUUUGAGUUCCAGCGUCCUUAUGGCUCCUACGUCAUGGAGAACGUUUUGUUCAAGGUGUCGUACCCAGCCGAAUUCCACUCGCAGACCGCGGUCGAGGCUGCACAAAAGAUUUACAAGAUCCUUGCCGAUAUGGGCAAGUCUGCUAAGGACAUCAAAGAAAUCACCAACCGGACUCACGAAGCCUGCAUCCGAAUCAUUGACAAACAAUUCAAACCCAUGGACAACUUCGCUGAUCGUGACCACUGCGUUCAAUACAUGGUUGCCACCAUGUUGUGCUUCAACCGAUUGGAAGCCACCGACUAUGUUGACGGCAGCGAGGCCGCCACAUCCCCUCUGGUAGAGGACCUCCGAAAGAGGAUCAAGUGUGUUGAGGAUCCCCAAUUCACCAAGGACUACCACGACCCUGCCUUGAGAACAAUUUCCAAUGCUCUGACCGUGACCCUGAACGACGGAACUGUGCUGGAUGAAGUCGUGGUGGAGGCACCACUUGGCCACCGCCUGCGGAGAGACGAGGCCAAGCCCGAGAUUCUGGCCAAGUACAAGAGACAUUUGAGCCAUCACUUCCCAGAGGCUAAGAUCAAGGAGCUUUUGGAGCUGGGCACUGAUGCCUCGAAGUUGGACUCGAUGGACGUCGACAAGUACAUGGAUCUAUAUGUCAAGGAGAAGAUGGAGUGGUAA